AUGCUCAUCGGCAAAAUGCUCAAACUGAGGCAGCAACUCAACAAACUCUCCAAACCCAUCUUCGUCUACCUUGCCGCCCUCCAAGACGUGCCCGUCAACCCCAUCAACAUCACUACCACCCUCGCGACCGCCGCGACUACGACGACUUCAGUCGUACCGCCGCCCACGCCGUUUCCUUAUGCGUACUCGUUGUCGUCAUACCCGUCUGAGUCCGGGCCGGAACUGGGAUCGGUUAUCUGGUGGGGUGGAAGCGGGAUGGAAGAGGCGGAGGAGAGCGUGUUGGGGAUCAUCAUCAGGGGUUUGGGUCUGUGGGUUUAG